CUCUGCGGUGCGUGGCUAUUAGUAUUUCCUUGAAAUUAAUUAUUCUACCCUUGCCCGCCCGCGUCCGCCAAUUCUGCCGAUUCCGCCCGCAUAUAAAUCCACGGGAAGUUCUUCCUCGACAUUCUCAACGUCAUGGCAGAUCAGCAAAUUCCUAGCUCGCGAGCUAUUAACGCGUGUCUCACCUGCCGCAAGCAGAAACGGAAGUGUACGAAAGAGAGACCUAAAUGUUCCAUCUGUCGGAAGACUGGGCGGGUCUGCGACUACACCCCUAUUGGCAGGAGCGCCGCGACAGCUACAGACAAUACUGGAAGUCCAGAUUCCCAAGAAACCAGUGAAAAUGCCGCUUUUUCCAGCAGAAGCACUCAUCUGGGCGGAUAUGAGUCAAGUGCAACGGCUGUUGGUUCCUCUAUUACGAACGGUCUCUCCACUCUGUUUCUCGAUUCCGAUGUUCCUCAGGAUCAAAGUUACCUGGAAUCCAACAGACACAUCUCUCUGCCGCCCGAAUAUAUCCGUUAUCUCCGGAGUCCGGCACAAUUUCGACAUGAGGUUGAUGUUUACUUCAAUAGCGUUCACACGUUCUUUCCUAUAGUUUCCAAAUUGCGGCUGUACCAGCAACUUUCGAAUGCGGAUCGUAUAAAUGACCCUGAUCUUGGUCUUCUAUUAAUAGCGAUGCAAUUGCACACGCGGUCAUGUAGCGAAGUUGAAUCUGGCGAUGCAGAACUUUAUAGAUCUGCAAAGGCUUGCUACGUGUAUGUUGAGAGCAGCAAUGUCUUCUCCAUAAAGGUACUGCAAGCGUUGCUGCUGAUUGCAUUAUAUGAGAUAUCAAAUGCUAUCUAUCCCACGGCAUAUCUGACAGUGGGACAUUGCGCACGACUUGGACAUGCUAUGGGGGUCCACCAGCGCAGUGAUGCGCCGCAGAUGCUCAACCGAGUGGGUACCUGGGUCGAGCUUGAGGAAAGGCGUCGCACUUGGUGGGCAGUAAUCAUAUUGGACAGAUAUGUCAACCUAGGCGGCAGGAACCGCCCACUUGCAUGUGAAGAUGCACAACCAGAGGAUUUACUUCCUGCAGAUGACAAGUCCUGGGAUCGUGGUGAAAUCACGGUAGUGGAACCCCUCGCAGUCCGCGCCAACACGACAAUUGAAGUUUGUCCGUUCACACGAACUUGUCAAGCAGCGCACGUCCUCACCCGUGUACUUGGUCAUUUGAACGAUCGCAACUCCGAUGUCGACUUUCGAUACGAAGAGGCGAUGCAGCUGCAUCGCACCGCCCAGGCACUAUCACAUACACUCUCGAACGAACUGGAACAAUGGAUCGAGAAAGUAUACGACCCAACCGCGCACCUUCCAUUGUUUUCUGCCAUUGGAAUCUGUUACAGUGCGUCACUCCUCCUGUAUGACAGAUACUGUUGCAGCGGUAUUAGUGGGGUAGCGGGGAAUGUAGAAGUACAACAGAUGGCGCUCUCCAGCAUCAAUGAGGCAUCUCGGGCUGUCCUUAACUUCGCAAAAAGCAUUCGCUUGGCCAUGGAUCUUGGUGGGGCACUCAGAAUGUGUCCCUUGGUACUUGACUGUCUAUAUCAGGCUGCAGCAAAUUUUAUGUGGCAGAGUCGCGAGACCGGGAAUUCAGACUUCUUAAACAUGGCGAAUGAGAUCCAGAACGUCCUCGAGGUCCUUGGGGCCAGAUGGAAGGCGCCCCGCGCGUAUCUGUCAAUUCUUCGAAAGUCCGGUGGCCAUUGCUGACUGCCUCCGACAAGAAAGCCCUGCGCCGAUGUUACUAGCCCAUAAAAUGAUUAGAAGCUUAAGCAUGUCAUGAAUUACUAUUUAUUGGUCUUAAUCUCCCGGCGCUGUAUGUUUUAAAAUAACAUGGAACCGGGUAGACAUGCGGAAACUUAUGACGCGAUGCUGAGGUGGGCCUAACGCUAUCUUAGCUCAAGUCAGUAUUCAAUAUACUGUUAGGAUUGUUCGGGUGUUGAACCGAAUGGCAGAUACCAUCAGAAAAUUAGG